AAAUCGAGACGAAACGUAAACAAAACAACUCGCUUUUAUUUUUGUUCUUAUUGUUUAAUCUCCUAUUUUCUGCUUUCAAUGCACUAAUAGAUUAAAACACUGUUGAUUUAACUUACAUUGUUAAAUCUACAACUAUUGGUCUGUUAUUUUCCCAAGCCUAGCAGUUAUAAAAAAAGAUGUCCAAUCCACCAUUUUCUUGAUUAUAACCUUGUGCAUGCACGUCAUGCUUUCUUUAAACCUCCCCAAUUACCCCCUCUUCCCACUGGUUUUUCCUCUCCCUAUAAAGUGUGUGUACUAUCAACUUGAUCACUAACUACAAAAACUAGUCAGUGGCCCGUGGAAAAUCCAUGGGUUCCACACAGUCUUCAUACCGCUUUCCAGCACGUCUCGCUACCUGGGGUACCAUUUUGCAUGACAGACAGACGUAUACGAAUUUAUAAAGUAAAAUGGCAGACACACCACCGUUAGUUGCUAUAAGGGAAGCAAAUACACAUCUCCAAGCACUACAUGAACGAAAUGUUGAGUUGGAGAAAGAAGUCAUACAGUUGCGUUCUAUGUUAGCUUUAAAGCAAGAACAAGAAGAGAGACUACUUGGGCAACAGCAAAUACUAAAAGAAAAAGAUGAAAAAAUAAGUUAUCUUGAGACCGAAAUAAAAAAAUUGAUAUGUCAAUCUAAAGAAACUUCAAAGAAAGAUCUUUUGAUUACACAGCUCACGAGAAAAAUUAAAUUAUUGAAUGAGAUUUUGAAAUAUAAAUCAGCACUAGAGAGUAUAACUGUAUGUUUAGAGCAAGUCGAGGAAGAUUUUAUUGUUGAUAUUGAUAAUUUAAUGAAUAUUGGUAAUGGCGAUGGAAAUAAUAAUAAAGACAAUGGUGAAUUAGAUGUUAAAAAUUUAGCUAACACCGAUCAUGAGACAACAUUAUAACAAGAUGCACCAUUUUUUUUGUUUGUGAGAGAUUUUUUUAUUCAUUUUUGUUAGCUUUUUAUUUAAAACACUGUAUAUAGCUGAAUGGGUAAAUUGAAUUUAUAAUUAGAA